GCCGCCGCCGCCGCCAGCGCCGCCGGAGCCAUACUGCGCUUCACGCCUCACGCCUACCGGGGGCCGCCAUCUUGCGUGACCCUUGACCCUACGCUUCGGCGGAAGCGCUCCUAGUCGCGGCCAUGUUUGUUACUGGCUGAAGGCAAAGACGCUGAGGGCAGCUUUGGCUGCAGGAGGUCACAGCACCCCCACUCAAAAAACGUGUUCUGCCCAGCGAGCCCCAGCAAGCGGUGCCAGGACAUGGGCCUGAGUACAGGGGACUACAAAGAGUCAGGAGUGGACACUCCUUGAGGCCUGCCGGAGAUAAUUGAGUAAGGUAAGGAGCCAACAGAGUAAAAGAAUAGAGUAAAAGAAAGAGAUAGCUGUAAAAUAGACAAGCAUCGAUUAGCACUGGGUGUAAAACAUGGGGACACGACUGUCAAAAGAGAGAGAGACGUAUGUCCAAAUGUUGUCUUCUAUGUUAAAAGCUAGGGGCAGUAAAGUUAGUAUCAAGCAGUUACGUCAGUUCCUGAAUUUUGUGCAGGAAACAUGCCCCUGGUUCCCUGAGCGAGGAACAGUUUAUGAGGAGACCUGGAACAAGGUUGGAGAACAGAUCAGGGAACGAUAUACAACAGAGGGUCCUAGGAGGAUUCCCGUUUUUGCCUACUCCCUGUGGAGUUUAAUUAAGGAGUGCUUGAGACAAAACCCUCCAGAAAACGGAGCCUGCCCAGUAAGUGGACUAACAAACACUCUGGAGGGCUAUACCUCCCUCCUACCUAAGAAGUCAGAGUCUGGAACUACAGACAAGGAUAGGGAGGUAAGACCUGAUAAUAAAAAUGACAAUGGUCUUUUGAAGCUAGGGAGACUUAAGAUCAUAGAUUCUGAAGCAGCCCAGGAGAGGGAGGAGAACGGAGCCACUGCCCUUCGACCUAGCGCUCCCCUGCUGCUGCCCGCUGCUUCCCAGUCAAAACCUGCUUCCCAGUCAAAACCUGCUUCCCAGUCAAAACCUGCUUGCAUAUCAAAUGGCGCUAGGAGAGAAAGAACAGCUUCCACCUUAUCGCCCUUCCAGAGAGCUCUGCUUUGCGCAGCAGAUAGAGGAGAGGACAUUUCAGAAUUUCUAUCAGGUCCAGUUAUAGAGGUUCCUGACUCUGACAACCCAGAACAAACUCAGCGUCAUUAUGAGCCAAUAUCCUUGGAAACUCUAAAGGAAUUAAAAAAGGCUUGCACGCAAUAUGGUCCCACAGCAGUGCAUACAAUAGCGGUGUUAGAGAGGGCUACUCAGUCCAUCUUUACCCCUAAUGAUUGGCAGGUGCUAGGCAAGGCAUGCUUGUCGAGAAGAGAUUAUCUUUUGUGGAAGUUGAAUUGGUUUGAGGAAGCCCAAGAGCAGGCGACUAGGAACCAACAACAUGGAAUACCUAUCACAUCUGAAAUGUUGACCGGAACAGGGGAGAAUGCAGAUACUGGUGCACAAAUUGGAUAUACACCACAGGCCCAUCAGCAGAUUAACAUCAUAUGCUUGAGAUGCUGGAAAAGGCUUCCCGGUCAGGAUCAAGCGACAGACAGUUUGAUCAGUGUACGACAGGGACCUAGUGAGUUAUAUCAAGAUUUUAUUUCCCGCUUGACACAAGCCAUAAUGCGACUGGUCUCUGAUCAGGAGGCAGGACAAAUUUUGUUGAAACAGUUGGCCUUUGAAAAUGCUAAUGCCUCUUGCAAAGCAGCUAUUACUCCAUACCAAGAAAAGGGGACAGUGGCCGAUUAUAUUAGACUUUGUCAAGACAUUGGGGAACCACAAAUUCAGAGUAUAGCUUUAGCAGUUGCGUUAAAGGAAGUAAUGCAAAAGAGAUCAAAGGGUAAUUGUUUCAAUUGCGACAGACCAGGACAUAUGGCGCGUGACUGUCGAUACCGAAAACAAUCAAGGGGAUAUGCCAACAGAGGACCAGAAGGCCCGAAACCAGCGCCCACGCAGGCUCCCAAGAUAUGUCCUAGAUGCCGGAGAGGAAGAGAUUGGGCCAGUGAGUGUAGAUCCCAAACAGAUAUAAAUAGGAGGCCACUGGGGCCCUCAGGAAAUGGGACAUGGGGCCAGCCCUGGUCCCGUCAAACAGCAGGGGCACUCUCAAUGAUGCAGGACAAUCAAGCCAGUCAGAGGCUUCUGGCAGGCCACAGACAAUCAGAGAUCUCUACCGGGCAACCCCAGGUAAGGCAGGACUGGAUCUCAGCCCCACCUCCAGGGGGAUAUUAGCAUCUGAUAUGAGUCCACAGGCAGUUCCUACUGGCCUUUCUAAGGGCCUUUACCACAGGGCACAGUGGCAUUGAUUUGGGGAAGAAGCAGUGUGCCCUUAGGGUUAGUAGUAACCCCUGGCAUAAUGGUUGCAGAUUAUUCUGGAGAAAUCAAGGUUAUAGCCUCCGCCUCUCAAAUUGUUCAGCUUUUUGCUGCUAUCUACAGUUUUAACAGAGCGAGCAUUAACCACAGAGCCCAGAGGACAAGGAGGAUUUGGGGUCCUCAGACCAGGUCUAUCUUCAGGCUAUUUAGGAAACUUGGCCAAAGUAUAAUCUAACCAUACAAGGCUGAAAAUUUCAGGGAUUUGUAGACACUGGGGCUGAUGUUUCUGUCAUAGCCCAAAAACAUUGGCCCCAAAAUUGGCCCUGGAAAUUUACUAACUCCACCUUGGAAGGGGUAGGGUAUGUGAAAUCGCCAGCAAUGAGUUCUGCUUUCUUACUUGGACAGACAGAUCAAGAGGGUCAUACAGGAGUUUCAGCCCUAUGUUUUAUGUGAUGUACCUUUGAUUCAUGAAAUGGAUUAUAUCUACCUAGUCCUUCCUCACCUGUAACAAUUGCUACCUGAUCAGGGCCUUUUACCUUCUCAGGGUUAGGCAAAGACAGCCCAAGACCAACACUCCGCUAUUCCAGCGUUCCAAAAUUUAGAUAGAAAAGGAUUAAGAAAUUCCAUUACUGAUUUCAGAUAGGAGCCUUGGUAAAUCCCCAACUGUUCGAACUGAAGCUCCAAUAAAUUGGCUUUCAGGGGAGCCUGUCUACGUUGACCAAUGGCCCCUAACUGGGGAAAAAUUGAGGCAGCUAACUAAGCUGCUUGUACAUGAACAAUUCCAACUGGGACACAUUGAGUCUUCCUUUAGUCUUUGGAAUUCUCCCAUUUUUGUCAUUCAAAGAAAUCAGGAAAAUAUAGGUUAUUACAGGACUUGAAAAAAGUUAAUGCCACCGUGCAAAUAAUGGGACCAACUACAACUUGGCCUUUCUAGUCCCAAUGCUAUUCCCUCAACUUUCAUUUCAUUGUAUUAGACCUUAGGGCUGGCAGGUGGCAUG